UAUGGUCUGAAAGUCAUUAAAAAUGUGUAUCUAGAUUCACAAAAUAUAAUAAAACAUAUUUCAUUGAAAGAGGUGUUAAUAUGCACGUGGUUUAUUAUUUUUUAUAUCUCUUCAAAAAUUCAUCCUGACAGAAAGAACAGAAAAACGAUGUUUUGAUGUAUACUUGGGUUUCUGUUAGCUGUACUGGCAGCAGAGAAACACAUUCAGGUGUGUCUGCAGGAGGAUUAUGGGCUGGGGUCCACAUCGCUGGGCCUAAACAAACCUGAGAAGGGAGGACUGCACAGACAAACCUACUCUUUCAACAUGCUGUGUUAUGUCAGGAACGUCAGAGCGAACCUUGGCUCCCUCUGCUCAUUCCUUUAACCUGAGCCAGUGUCUAAACGAGAAUGCAGGACGACUGGGAUUCACAGACAAACUCAGCGAGCGAGCUCAAUGAUAAAUACACAUCUCAAGAUGAACGAAAAGCAGUGCAGAAGAGAACCUUCACCAGGUGGAUGAAUGUGUUUCUGCAGAGACGGGACCCUCCUAUUGAAGUGCACGACCUGUUCACAGAGAUUCAGGAUGGCAAAAUACUCAUGGCCCUGUUGGAGGAGCUGUCUGGGUGCAGACUACUUUAUAGGUUUAGGUCUUCCUCUCAUCGCAUCUUCAGACUUAACAACAUUUCCAAGGCCUUGGUCUUUCUGGAUGACAGACAUGUAAAGCUGCUUGGCAUUGAUGCAUCUGGAAUUGCUGAUGGUAAACCGUCUGUUGUUCUUCACCUUGUUUGGAACAUCAUCUUGCAUUUUCAGGUAAAGGAGGUGAUGGGAGGCCUCCAGAAGCAUUUGUCUUCCAGCCUUUCCUCCUUGUCAAUGAGCAGUUAUCCAUCCUCUAAUGACCUCUCACCCCAGCCAAGUGACACUGGCACAUACUCUUGCAGCACUCUGCCAAGUAAAGGCAGAAAGGCUGCCAGGGAAGCAAAGUAUCAUGGGAAAGCAAUCAAGGUGCUCCUGCAAUGGGUCCGAAGAUGCACAUCAAAGUACGGGGUGGAUGUGAAUGACUUUGGGAAGAGCUGGAGGAGCGGAUUGGCAUUUCUUGCUUUGGUUAAGUCCAUAAACCCAGUCAUGGUUGAUCUGAGGGAAAGCUUUCAUCGAGAUCCAGUGGAAAACAUCCGGCAGGCUUUCAUGAUAGCCCAUCACAGCUUGGAUGUACCUCCACUGCUGGAGCCCGAAGAUGUGACGUGCACUUCACCAGACGAGCAGUCCAUCAUUACCUACGUCUCUAUGUUCCCAAAGUGUCACUCAGGCAUAGAUGAGGCUCCCACACCAGAUACUGACACUCCCGAGAUUCCCAGUUUUGGAUCAUUUGAGUCAGUCAGCUUUGAAGAGACUCACGCUGAUGUUCCAGAAGUCCAGGCCUUGCUGAAAGGCUUGGGGAAGAGCAGCGAGCAGCUUCUGUGGAAGCGUUGGUCUCGGAGAUCUUCAGGAAGUCCCUGUUCUCCGUCCUUUCACACAAAUGGAACAGCUACCUCCAACCAACCUGCUGGGACUGCUUCAGACUCACAUUACAAAAAAAGGAAAGGCAGUGGACGAAGCACUUUACAGCCACCCAGUCCUCUGGAUGCUGGCAUAGUCAGCCAGGAGGUCCGACUGUGGUCGGACAGUGGACUGGAUCAAGGCUACGGCAAGCGACGAGCAGAAAGCUGCUAUUCUUUGAGCUCUGAGGAAGGAAUCUACAGCUUACCAUCGCUUGAUUCAGAUGAGGAGGAUGCAUAUAGCUACAUCCUAGAGCUGAAUAAAGAUGUGUUUCUAUCAUAUAAUCAGCUGAAAAGACAAGUACCAAAGGUCAAAGAGGAAACGGCAGAGGAAAUGAAAGAAGAAUCCAAAUAUCAGGAAGGCUCCCUUUUACAAAAUGCUGAUUUUGAGCUUGAAUCAGCCCAGUCAGUGGUGCACAGGAAGUUUGAUUUUGACAAAAAUGAAAGAAAUCUCAGAACAAUGACACACACUGGAGCUGCGCUUGACUUUAAGCCAGAGGGUGAAAGUAGAAGCUCAGAGCAGCAUGAAGGGGAGAGGGCUAAUAGAGGACAGAGCAAUGAUGAUGGUGAUUAUUGUGAGGAAGAAAGGAAAAAAAAGAUGGAAAAUGCAAAACUGUUCAAGAAUGGGGUCGGCAAAACAGAGGACAAUGCAGAGGAAGCAAAUGUUGAAGUGGCCCGUUGGCAGGAAGACACUGAGGACAGAAGAGAUGGAGAGCUUUCGGAAAAAUGCGGACAAGCGGGAGGGCAGGAUUUAGGGAAUGAAAGCAAAGACGCUGCUGUGAUAAAAGAAGACAGGAAGAUCCAGAAAAGUACAAAUUCAGACAGUUUUAAGGGUGAAGUAAAUGGAAAAAUAAUAACUGAUGAGGCUUCCUGUGAAGUCCGAAGUGACACAGAAGGAGAAAGUGGCAGAAAGUAUAAAGAAGAAAAAAUGAGAGACACUGAUGAAGUGAUAAAUUCAGCAGAGUUUGUUAAAACAGCAGCUGGAGAGGAGGGACCGGAGAUCACGACAACAACGACAGAGCACGAUGGUGAGGAGAGUCCCAGAACACCCACGCUCGGAGGUAUCUGCGUCCAUGAUAAAAACAAGAACUGGCCUCCUGCCUGCAGUCCAACCCCUCAGUCACCCAGCAGGGACGAAGGAUCCAUUCUUCAGCCUUUAGCAGCCUCUUGUGGUGUAACCCUCUUAGAGCUGGAAAUGCUCUUCGUCUGGUGGAUCCUGCUGUACUGCUGCCUCAUCCUCAGAAGUCAGAUGAACCUCUGAGUCUCACUGCAGCACAAGCUUCUUAUUCCGACAUGCUCAUGAGCCCAGUUGCCACUAAUGAGGCAAACAGGGACACAUAAGGCUGAACUGACUCUUCAUCUGUGACAGUUUCCUAAAGACAGCAUUUAAGCAGAUACACAGAAUAAUCUGAUAAGACUCGGGGCCAUAGUUUCAGAUAAAUCCUGUAAUCCCCAUUGUUACACAGACUUUCAGCUGCUUGGUCUUGCACCACACUUAUUAUCAGCAAUGGUUUGGGGGCUUUUUUUUUUCUUUUGCUGAACGCAUGUCCAAAAAUUGAUUUUCCUAGAAAAACGACUCCUUUUUGAAAUUCACUUGACAAAAUCGACCACAGGGUGGCACUGCAGCAUCUCAGCGACCUUCUUAUUUGACAAACUGUCUAUACAGCAUUCUGCUGCCUGCUGAGGAUCCCAUGUGACCUGCUGUUUAAUUAGAAGCUGUAUUGACAAGUGAAGAUUAAGCUGAUAAUACUUAAUGAGCACUUUGGCAUUUCACAGACUCUCACUGUGUCACUUAUGGCUUAGAGUGUGGACCGCUUUAUUGUCUUCAUCUCGGAUGCUGCCUGAGUUAAAGCUUAUUUUUACCACAGGCUUUCUCCGUGAUAUUUUUUGUGACCAUCUAAUAUACAAACAAUAAACCAGCUGCUCGAUGUGUGUGCAUGUGAUCCACUCAUAAACAUAGAAUAGAUGUUGUCAUUUUAAGCAGUUUAGACUAUUAGGUAAUGCCUUUUGGAAUACCACAGUGACAAUAGAGCGAAACAGAAGUAUGCAUUAUUUGCGUAAGUGUUCAAAAUCCACGUUGACGAGAAAGUGUAUUAAGUUGGGGGUCGAAUGAGUAUUCUCUGUCCUCUCUGCCCCCCAAAUACUCAGACAUUCACUGCUGGUCAAAUUCUAAGAAUUUAAAAACACACUGCCAUUGUUUGCUUAGAGCAUUACCCCUGGGUCGAAAGCUCAGCCCUGGAGAUCGAUAUACUUUCAACACCGCCACCCCCACACCGAGCCACGAGAACAACACUCCCCCAAAGCAAGGGGUUUCUUGGUCUUAUGUACGGUCAAGCCAGGAUAGCGAGAGUAGCAGCAAUGAUGUGUGCUGUGUGUAGUUUUAUAUGUAUAACAGUGCUAGUGUUGCUAACGUGUCCCUCGGCGUAUAGAUCAGCUGUACCGAGGCCUGAAACUCUUGAGCGAAGGGAGAGAGAGGCCGAUCAGCUGCAGCAGCUCGGUGCAUCAGCCCUAAACACGGCCUCGGCCUUUGAACCGUAUCGUGACCCGGCCAGCAGAACUGCUACUGAGCCUGACGUCCAGCAGCAGCAUCAGCACAACAUCUUGUUCUCACCCUCGUGCCUGGGGUCAGCUCUGGCUCAGCUGUGCCCAGUUUCUGGGUCUGAUAGCCAGAGCCGGCCCUGGAGGCCCCGGGGAUGGUGGCCAGAACACAGCCUGCAGGCCACCAUAUCUGCUCUCACAGAUUUGCAAUGCAGUCUCCUCUUCAGGAGGGAGGGAGCGGAGGUGGGCUUCAGAAGGCAACGUCUGGGGCCGGAGCCAGGACAGAUGCUGGGAUUGGUGGUGCCACAGCAGGAGUGGCAAAUUGGAGCUCAGGCAGAUGACGGUGCAAAAGAAAGAACUAGGGGUCAGUUAAGAUUGCGUAGCAGCUACAUGUUGAUGGACGACCUACACUACACUAUGAGAAUUUGUUUUCCAGGUCUCAUGAAACUGAGUCCUCUGUCUUCACUGUCAGCUCUGAGACUUGGAGGAAAGACCUGCAGGCCUCGGACAAACUUAUACUUAACAAUCAUGUGUAUUUCAAAGGUAGCUUAUAAUUAUAUAAGUUUCAAAGAUUAGAUUUGCAUGUUUUUAUACACGAAUAUGUGGUUAGAGUAUAAGCCAAGUGUUGUUUUAUAGGAAUGAAACUUUAUUAUUAUGUGUUGAUCAUGUCAGUAACAAACACAUCAGGUAUUCAGCCAUUUGAAAACCCCCACACAGUGCUACGGGCUGAAUGCUACGACCACUGUGGAAGUCGCCAUGAUGCUCAGAGAUGACUCGUCACAGGCGAUGAUGCUGUAUGACACUGUGUGAUUAACCUGUUCAGAGCACCUGGCCUCACUGCUCCUGCUUCCCAAAGCAGACCUGCCUCUCUGACAGCUGUAUGAGCUUCUGGCUCAAGCUGGGAAUCCAACUGGUUAAACAAGAAUAAAAUUCAAACCACAGACUGUCAAUCUACCAGCCAUACAUCGGGUUGUGAUUGAGUCAUUUUGCAUCCCCGUUGGAACAUCUCCCAACAGUGCUGAAAUAUUUUACUUAAAGGGGAUGCAA